GCAUCAUCCAUAUAUCUGAUGAAUCCAAAAUGGCGUAUUACGCAAGUGCGUCUUCGUUGUCGCAAUGAGACCCUGCGCGUCAACAGCACUACGCCGGCUCACGCUGAAAGCUGUCGUUAAUCGCAAUUAGAGCUCUCGGCAACGGUGGGGAGUGAAGAAAAGUCUACGGGAGUGCUUCGAGCAGUGGACGAAGAGGAGCGCAGACCAUCCGAUACGUGAACAAUGGAAGAAGAACGACUUGAAACGGAAAACCGGCGUUUGGCUGACCAACUGUCCAGUCAGGUGUCUCAUCUCAAGAGUCUGGCCUAUGACAUCGAACUGGAGACGAAAGAACACAACCGCCUGCUUGGAGGACUGGGCUGGGACUUUGACGGAUCUCGAGGCAUUCUCUCUGGCAGCAUGGGCCGCGUCAACAAGAUGCUCAAGUCGAACAAGUCCAACCGCCGGCUCAUGUGCUACGUGAUUCUUGGUGUGGUGGUGCUGGUUCUGCUUGGCUACACGUUAGCCAGUAGGGCUACUCGUCAGUGAUGUCGCCCGAGCAAUGUAAAAAAAAAGCACUCGUGAAGGACUUCCUCUUUGUUUUGACACCUUGACAGAUUUGAGGUUUACUGACAACAACAGAAUGCCUAUUUUUGGAGUCAGUUAGCUGCAGCAUUGCAGCUGUUGUGUUACCCUUCAAAAUGUUACCCUUGAAAACGUUACCCACGAAGGAAGAUAAGAGAGGAGCGCCGGCAUUUGUCUGGGAUGAACUGUGCAAUGCGGAUGUGGACAUCUAAUUCAUUAUUCUGCCCUUCCCCCUCUGCUCCUACUCUUGCAUUUGCACAUUCUUUCUACCUCCCUUGUGCACUAUGCCAACUACACACAAUGCAUUGCACCAUCGGUCGAGGUUCACAGAAAUUAUUCAGCAACCCGCUCUCAACAGCACAUGAGCUGACUGGCAGCAGCAAUGAUGGCAGUUUGCUCGUUGCAAACGACAAAUAGGUAAGCAAGCAGACGUGGCAAUGCGUAAACCUGGGCCGUAUGUAUAGCAACCACAUAAAAACCUCUCGUUUGUGGCUUUGCUUGAGAAAGACGACUCUCCUCCACUGCUUUUCUUCAUACGUAGUGUCAUUUGGCAAACACACUUUGAAGCAAGAUCUGGCAUUGCAGAAAGUAGUGUCCCUUCCAGAUGAGUGGAGUUGGCACUCCUGUCUAAUCUUGCUCCAUGGCCUUACCUGUGCAGCUGUUGUACUGCUUUAUAGCUGUUAUGCUUUUGUAGAGAUAAGGGAGAAAAACAAUGCAUUCAACAUAAAAACACCUUCAAUAUGCCCAAAAUUUAUUAUAUGCAUAUUCCUUAUAAACAUAUAUAUGUUGCACGGUAAACUUUGUUAUAUAGGAUCAUUUAUUAUAUAUCUGUUUGAGUGACAUUUUACUAUACUACCACAUUUUUGAACUCAUACACUGGGCCAUUUUCUUUUUUCAAAUUAUUACUUUGUUGUAACAAGUUGAGAUAUCCAAUACCACCUUGUUUAAUUUUCAGCGCGAGUAGCUUAGUCGUACCAUAACGUUUCAGUUCUGAUGAGAUUUCUCACGAACAGGCACGAAUAGACUAUGACACUGGCGUGUGCGCUCAACUGCUUGUGUAAUUUUUUACUUACCUAACAUUGAACAUGCAUUUAAAUUGACAUCAAACAGCUCAAGGUAUUGGUUGCUUAUUCUACCAUUUAUUCAUUUUUUGGCUACUUUAUCUGUUGUGGGGACCAAGGUGGCUAGUUUUGAUUACAUUCAGGGGUUUCCAUGGGAACAUUUGGAAUUUGUGACUUGGAACGUUGACUGUAGCUCUAUCCCUAUUUUUGUCAGCCCACUUCAGGCAUACUGCAUAUUUCGUGCCCGGUGAUUCUAUAGCAAACUGUAACCUGCUCGUCUAGGAACUAACAUAGGGAGGUAAACUCAUACAAAGCAUCUUGCAUUAAUACAAACUUGCCCUCCUCCUCAAGACAUGGCAGCCUCAACAUAACAGUCUUGCUUAUUCUCAGAUUUUUGGCGGCAUACCAAUUCCUCACAUUGUUUUAUUUCAGGACAGUAGCCUGUUUAUUGCUAUUGCAGAAAUGUGCCCGAGUUUAUUUUGUCCGCACUUCACUUAGAGGAUACCAUAUUUCGUCCUGCACAUUUUUCAAAAGUUCGUAGAUAUGAAUUCAAGGCCACCAGCUUGGUCAAAGAUGGGAAGCAUAAUGCCUGGUAUGUGUCAAGUAAUGAAGACAGGUAGCUGACAUUGAAGGUAAGGGUGGCAAGAAGUAAAGUUGGGCUGUUUGCACAAUGUGUGAUAUGUGCAACAAUGGGGCUGUCUAAUAUGACAUUCGUACGUGUUGUUUUCCUUAUAUGAGUGACAAACAUGGUGAUGAAUAAAAAGUAAUGGUAUUAGUUAAAACA